ACAUUUGAGUAUUUCGUGACAGAUAGAUAGUGACAACACGUCGAAAAUGGCUGACUCUGGGCCUAGUAAAAGCGAUAUUGAAGCAAUUUUUCAAAGAUUACGUUCGAUUCCUUCGAAUAAAGUAUGUUUCGACUGCAACGCGAAGAACCCUACGUGGUCAUCGGUGACGUACGGAGUGUUCAUCUGCCUGGACUGCUCGGCCGUGCACCGCAGCCUCGGCGUGCACCUCACGUUCGUGCGCUCCACGCAGCUCGACACCAACUGGACAUGGAAACAGCUCAGGAACAUGCAGCUUGGCGGGAACGUCAACGCUACUCAGUUCUUCCGCACACACGGACUGUCAACAGAAGACGCUAGACAAAAAUACAGCUCGAGAGUGGCCCAGAUGUACCGUGACAAGCUGAGUGCCAUGUCUGAGCAGGCCAUGAAGACAUAUGGCUCCAAGCUCCACCUGGAGGCGGCGGCGCCCGAGCCCAAGGAGAGCAAGGAGCCUGAGGUAGACUGGUUUGCUGAGCACAGCGACUCCGCAUCCACUAACACUAGCGAGCUUGCCAUCACCACACAGGUGCGGGGCUCGGAGCUGAGCGCGGGCGCGCGCCUGUGGGGCUCGGGCGGCGACACCGCGCGCGCGCAGCCCGCCCGCCGCGCACAGCUGGGCGCUCGUAAAGGCGGGCUCGGCGCGACCAAGGUGGCCGCCAACUUCGACGACAUCGAGCGAGAGGCCAUCAUGGCAGAGAAGCUUAAGAUGGAGGCGAAGGCGUCGGAGAGCGCGGCGACGCUGGAGAGCGUGGAGCAGGAGGUGGCGUCGCUGCGGCUCGCCUACCGCGCGCCCGCCGCCGCGCCGCACGCCGACAGGCUGGGCAUCGCGCAGGCCAGCCGCGUCGGUCGCUCCGGCGUGUCGCACUCGGCCACCUCGGACAUGACGGUGAUCGAGCAGGAGGACGCGCCCGCGCCCCGCGCCGCGCUCGACGACAUCGAUGACUUCACCUCCUCCUUCACCAUGAUCAGGAGCGAGCCGUUCGGGUCGCGCUCGCUGGAGUCGCUGGGCGGGUCGGGGGGCGGGGCGGGGGGCGCGGGGCGCGUGUCCCCGCCCGCGCGGCCCGUGCACAGCAUGUUCUCGGCGGGCCCCGCGCCGGGCCCCGCGGCGGGCCCCGCGGCGGCCGCCAGCCCGCCGCCGCACAAGUCGCGCGCGCGCCGCCCCGAGCCCGUCGAGGACGACUCCGCCGUCAAGAAGUUCGGCUCCGCCAAGGCUAUCAGCUCCGCGCAGUUCUUCGGAGAACAGGACUCGAGCUGGGAGCGGGACUCGAACCUGUCCCGCUUCCAGGGCAGCACGAGCAUCUCGUCUGCGGAGUACUUCGGGGGCGACGCGCCGCGCGCGCAGCGCCAGCCCGGCUUCAGCGUCGCCGCGCCAGACCUCGACGAGGUGCGGGAGUCAGUCCGCGCGGGCGUGACGCGCGUGGCGGGCCGCCUGUCGUCGCUGGCCAACGGCGUCGUGUCCUCCAUCCAGGAGCGCUACGGGUACUAGCCCACGCCGCACACCUGACACCCCCCUCUCCCCCCGCCCUCCCCCGUUAGCCCAUACCCUACCUAGCAACGAUAACUUUUGUGACAAAUAUAUUAUUAUAAAGUUUAUUUUGUAUACAAAUUAAUUAAGUGUCUGAUGCAAGUUGUAUUGUCAUGGUUGAAGCAGUUCUGAUGAAAAUAUUAAUUUGUUCGAGUACCUAAUGCCGAUGAUGAUCUUAUUCGCACAGCAUCGCGGCUCGCGUGUCGCGCCCCCGACGUGUAAAUAUGUAUUAUAGUGAAGUGUAUAGCGUAGCCGCGCCCCCGCGCCCCGCCCCGCCCGCGCCCCCGCGCCCUCCGCGCCGCUGUACACGGUGCCCCGCAUCGCUGCUGACGUUACUUAUAGUAUUCAUAUUCUUUAGGGUUCCAUGGCGGCGACAUCUGUACUACUUAGUAGUUAUAAUGCCUGCAUAUGUCCGCACUCUCGCUAUCGCAUUCCAAAUUCUAAUAUUAUUCGUUUAUUUUGUCGGAUUUGAUAGUAACUAGUAAAUGUUGCAUUAAUCCUAACAUACUAAGCCACACUGUGUGCGCGUCCGCAGGUAGUGUGGCUUGGUGUAGCAACGAAGCAUUUAUCUUUAUUUAUUUAUAUGUGAAAGUUUGGUGAUAGAUAAUUUUUAUUUUCAUAUACAGUUAAGUUGACGUUAGUACGAAACUGGUGACAGUAGGGUCGAGUGCUCACGCCCAGACAAGCGGCGUGAGCGCGGCAAGGCCCGGCGCACACCGAGCGCGCCGCGCCCCGUUACACCCACACUCGCUGCUUCACUACUUUGACACUGUUUGUAGCGUGACGCUCGGUGUGCGCUCACCCUAAGUCGUAUAUAAGCAUGAUUGAUUUAGAGUUUAUUUUUUAUGAUCUACCGUAAGUUUGUUUCGAAUUAUAAUUAAGAUAAGUGGGCCGACACCGCUAAGUACCGGCGUGUCGUGUCGGCCGCGCCCUUCGUGUGGGACGCCGCUUGGAGAGUAAGACGCGGACGCGACGUUCAUAGUUCAUUGAACAUUUGUAUAGUAAUAGAACUUUGUUUUAGAUAUUAAUUAUUGAUAUAAAUAUACAAAAUUAUAUUUGCUA